UGUCACAAUGAUCCCGUCUAGCAACAGCACAAUCACUUCGUCGGUUCCAAAUGUGAGCACCUUCUGGAUUCGAGACUCCCAAAGAAAAGGACUUCCCAAUGAAGCUCCAUUGUUCACUAGCACCUAUGGCCCUUCCCAUACAAAUGAGAGCUUUUUCUUCACUACUGUGGUCAUGACCAAUGUGUCGAAUGUUCCUCCUGAUCCUCUGGGAGGACAUGCUGUCUGGCAAGUUGUCCUGAUUGCUUUCCUCACUGGCAUUCUGGCCCUUGUCACCAUCAUUGGAAACAUCCUGGUGAUUGUAGCAUUUAAAGUCAACAAACAGCUGAAAACGGUUAACAAUUACUUUUUGUUAAGCCUUGCUUGUGCAGACCUGAUAAUUGGUAUUAUUUCCAUGAACCUUUUCACCACAUAUCUAAUCAUGGGCCGCUGGGCUUUGGGAAACCUGGCCUGUGACCUAUGGCUCUCCAUUGACUACGUGGCAAGCAAUGCUUCUGUCAUGAAUCUGCUGGUUAUCAGUUUUGACAGAUACUUUUCCAUCACAAGGCCACUGACCUAUAGAGCUAAACGAACAACCAGAAGGGCUGCGGUGAUGAUUGGCUUAGCUUGGGUUAUCUCAUUCAUCCUUUGGGCUCCUGCUAUUCUCUUCUGGCAAUAUUUUGUUGGGGAGCGGACUGUUGAAGAGGGAGAAUGUUAUAUCCAGUUCCUAAAUAACCCUGUCCUCACUUUUGGCACUGCCAUAGCUGCCUUUUAUUUGCCAGUUACCAUUAUGAGUAUUUUGUACUGGAGGAUAUACAAGGAGACGGAGAAACGUACCAAAGAGUUAGCAGGACUCCAGGCUUCUGGCAGUGAGGCUGAGGCAGCGUGCUUUGUCAACCAGACAGGAAGCUCCAGAAGCUGCAGCAGUUAUGAACUGCAGCAGCAGAACACAAAACGUACCAGCCGAAGAAAAUAUGGAGGCUGCAACUUCUGGAUGACAUCCAAGAGCUGGAAACCCAAUUCGGAUCAAGUUGAUCAGGAGCAUAGCAGCAGCGACAGCUGGAACAACAAUGAUGGCAAUGCAUCCCUUGAGAACUCUGCCUCUUCUGAUGAAGAUGACAUUGCCUCAGACACUCGGGCCAUCUACUCCAUCGUACUAAAGCUUCCAGGACAUAGUACAAUUCUCAACUCUACAAAACUGCCUUCAUCAGAAGAUCUGCCAGGGUCAGAGGAUGAACUGCAGAAGCUCGACACAGAGCUGAAGGAGCAGAAACCAAAAAGGCUUCAUCCGCAAAAGAGCAUGGAUGAUGGGAAUUUACAGAAAUGCUUUCCCAAGCUUCCAGUUCAACCAGGAUCUGCGGUAUACGCAGGAAAGGCUUCUGACUGCAUUUCAGCAGGGACAAAGGCAUCGUCUGCCUUACCUUUAUCAUUCAAGGAAGCCACCCUGGCCAAGAAGUUUGCCUUGAAGACAAGAAGUCAGAUCACCAAACGAAAGCGAAUGUCACUAAUCAAAGAAAAGAAAGCUGCACAGACACUUAGUGCCAUUUUGUUUGCCUUCAUUAUCACCUGGACCCCAUACAAUAUCAUGGUCCUGGUAAACACCUUUUGUAAAUGUAUCCCCAAGACCUUUUGGAACCUGGGGUACUGGCUUUGCUACAUCAAUAGUACAGUGAACCCUAUGUGCUAUGCACUGUGUAAUAAAACAUUCAGAACCACAUUCAAGAUGUUACUGCUCUGUCAGUGUGACAAACGUAAACGACGUAAGCAACAAUAUCAGCAGAGACCGUCAGUCAUUUUUCAUAAGCGGAUUCCCCGGGAAGCUUCGUAGAAUAGUAUUUUUUAAUCACAGUAAUAAACAUUAAAGGGAGGGUGGUUGCUGGAGCCAACUACAUAUCUUCAAGAUGUGAAAGUAGCAGCCUGGUGUAUGUAUCCUUUUAAUACUUCCUGUAUACUGUAACAGUUUAAGCCACAUUAAGCAAAAACUAAUUACAAAUGUAUUUAUUAAGGAGCAAUCAGAUAUCUGAAGAUUUAUCUACACAGUUCCAAAAAGCUGCAGACAAAACUGUUAGUGAUCUAUUCAGCCCUGCACUUGUUAAUCCAUUCUGGGAUCUCAGGAGAGCACCCAUAGCUAGCCCUCUCCCAACAGUUUUUCUAAUAAAUCUGGUAGGAUCCACUAUGUCACAAAUUGGACAGAUCUAUUUCAAAAUGUGGGUACAUGUGUGUUCCAAAUACUAUACAGAUGUCCCAAACAUCUUAGAGCUUCCCAUCUUCUCCUUUUGUAGGUAUAAUGUCUAUUUGUGGACCCAGUUUAUUAAAUAACCUGUGCAGGAACAUCCCACGUACUCAGCUCUUGCCAUAUGUUUACAGGAAAGGUGAGGUCUUGUCUUUCUCAGCAGUAAUUACCAUCACUAUAAGAUGUGAGCAGCACAAGGGGCCUUGAAAACAGUUUUUCAGCACUUGUUUAUAGUUUAUUGAUUUGGGCAAUCUUAAAUGGCAACUCCACAAAAGAGAUUUUAUGUACAACCGUGAAGAAUUUCUAAAGGAUGCAUGUUAUAUCUGUACAUUUAAGCAGAAGAACUGAGUAUGUAUGUUUUUCAAGUAGAGAUAGCCUUCAAACCUUAAGAUAUCCUUUAAACUGGAGAUGUGUGGCCACAUGCAGAAGGCUGAGUAUUUAAUUUAACACAGGGCAUGAGAAACUGGGUACAGGCUUUACUUCAGCUUUAAAUGCAAGGGUCACAGAGGGACUUGGAUUUCCAUGCAGUACUUAGCACCCAGUGUAGCCCUGGGAAUCUCUUAAGUUGUAGAAAAGCUGGAACACAGUCCCUGUGCCAA